GAAGACCAAGAAUAGGAACGGCAUGCCUGACAACGAUCUAUCGAAGUCAAUCUGCGCAUCAUGGCUGCCGGGUCUGUCAUCUUCUUGACCGGCGCUCCUCCCGCCAGCACCUUGUCUUGGAACGAGCAUGAGCUUCCAUCACACUUCAAUUUCCGGCAUCGCCGAUUCUUACAGGCUGAUGAACAGGGCGAGACCACGCAAGACUCGCUUGCUCUUGCCACACAAUCUCUCGCAAAAUGGCGAGAGCUUGAAAUUCAUGGUCAACAUCAUGCUUCGGAUAACGCCAAAGAAAGGGAAGUAGAGCCAGAAGCUACGCAGUUCUUGUCACUUCAUCACGACGACUCGAACAACGACAAUGCCGAGCACACGGACUUCUUAGAACGGUCUUUAUACGCACUGCAAAACCUCGCCUCAUCUCAGAUUGCUGUCCCAGAAGAUACGGUCUACGAUGAGACCACUUUUGUGACUGGAGCUUCCUCCAACACCACUUUGUCAACUGAGCUAUCUUACCAGACCAGUACGAGCUCUGCAUCGGACAAUAUCGAACAGCAAGUUGUCAAUUUCAAUGGACCGAUCACAGACCUCAAACGCAUUCCCAAUGCUCGAUAUCUUGAGUCAAUUCAUCCUCAAACCAUGACGAUCAACGUACUGGUUGGGGUCAUUGCAGUACAGCCAACUCGCACUGUCCAGCUAAGAAAGCGCACAGGCGAAAUGGAUAUCGUCGAGGUCGUGGUCGGCGAUGAUACUAAAGCAGGAUUCAACAUCAGCUUUUGGCUGCCACCCAUGGACAGCCAGACCCACAGAAGCAGGGUUACCAAUUAUCAGCUUCGAGAUGUGCUGCAAGGCCUCAGAUCAGGAGACAUCAUCCUCGUCACCCAUAUCGCUCUGGGCGAAUUCAAGAACAAUGUCUUUGGCCAAAGUCUCAGCAAGCGAAUCACUAGGAAUAACACCUCUAUUGUGCUGUUGUCGUCGAAUGUGACUGGUUUGCCGCCGCCGCUCGUGGCCAAGCUGAAUCGAGUGAGAGACUGGAGUAGUCACUUCGUUGGCAAGAAGGACUUGAAGCGAGCUUCUUCUCCAGAUAUCACGCUAGGAGUUGUCAGCAAAAAGGCGAAGCGCAUGCUCCCUCCAGAUACACAGCCUGGAGAGCUUUGA